AUUACAGUUUGACAGAAACCAUCGUAAAGCAAUCAGUCAAUAAACCCUUUUAGAACAGUUUAAAUGGAAGUUGCUCAACAAAUGAAUAAUAUAUCCCUUGACGAACGAAAAGCAUGUGAAAAAUUGAAAAAAUAUGAAGACCAGGUGCCUGAUUAUAUUCAUGGUAGACUCUUAUUGUGGAAUAAAUUUAAAGAAGAUUAUUUAAAUAAAUUAUCAAAAUUAAAUCCGCAGCCAAUUUCUAUAAAAUUAAAAGAUGGGAAAAUUAUUGAAGGCCACUCCUGGAAAACAACUCCAUUAGAUGUUGCAAAAUCUCUAAGCAACUCCUUGGCUGAUGUUGCUCUGGUUGCAAAAGUUGAUAAAGAAUUGUGGGAUUUAGAAAGACCUUUGGAAAAAUCGUGUAGCUUGCAAAUUCUUACAUUUGAAGAUGAUGAGGGAAAGCAGGUAUAUUGGCAUUCUACUGCUCAUAUCUUAGGGGAAGCAAUGGAAACUAAGUAUUGUGGAUUGCUAUGUUAUGGGCCUCCUAUAGAAAAUGGGUUUUAUUAUGACAUGUUUAUGGAUAAACAUUGUCUGGUAUCUCAAAACGAUUUUCCUGCGCUGGAGAACUCCAUGAAGUCUAUCAUUAAAGAUAAGCAACCAUUUGAAAGAUUAGAAUUAAGCAAAGAGGAGCUGAUGAAAAUGUUUGAGUACAAUCCUUUCAAGUUGAGAAUUUUAGACUCCAUAACUUCUUCAAUUACUACUGUUUAUAGAUGUGGGCCGCUCAUAGAUUUAUGUCGGGGACCACAUGUUAGAAAUACUGCAAAAAUCAAAGCCUUUUCAUUGACCAAAACAUCUUCAACUUAUUGGGAAGGGGAUUGCAAAGCUGAAACAUUGCAAAGAAUAUAUGGCAUAUCCUUCCCUGAUACUAAGCAAUUAAAGGAAUGGAAAACCCUGCAGAUUGAAGCUCUUAAAAGAGACCAUAGGAAAAUUGGCAAGGAACAAGAACUAUUUUUCUUUCACGAGCUCAGUCCCGGCUCCUGUUUUUUCUUCCCCAAAGGAGCUCACAUUUACAACACUUUGAUAGAAUUCAUCAGGGGGGAGUACAGAAAAAGAGGUUUUUCCGAAGUAAUUACUCCAAAUAUGUACAAUUCGAAGCUUUGGCAAAUAUCUGGACAUUGGCAACAUUACGCGGAUAACAUGUUUAUCAUUGGCGAUGAGGCAUCAAACGCUCAUUCAACUGCACCAUCUUUCAAUGGUGAUUCUAAUACCAUUCCUGAUGCAAACCAAAAUUUAUCUUCCAAAGAACAUAUUGCUUUCAAAGAACUUCAGAGUAACAAAGAAGUAAUGGCUUUGAAACCCAUGAAUUGCCCAGGCCAUUGUCUGAUGUUCAAGCACAGGCCUAGAUCAUGGCGCGAAUUACCACUCAGAAUGGCCGAUUUCGGUGUUUUGCAUAGAAACGAAGUCAGCGGUGCCUUAACUGGACUAACCAGGGUUAGAAGGUUUCAGCAAGAUGACGCCCAUAUAUUUUGCAGGAUGGAACAAAUUGAAGAAGAAAUAAAAUCAUGUUUACAAUUCAUAUCAGACGUUUUCUGCGUGUUCGGUUUCACGUUUAAACUUUUCUUAGCUACCAGACCUGAAAAAUUUAUGGGGGACCCCCAAAAAUGGGACACGGCAGAACAACAAUUAGCCAAAAGUUUAGAUGAGUUUGGUUUACCAUGGACCCUUAAUCCCGGAGAUGGGGCAUUUUAUGGGCCAAAGAUUGAUAUCAUAUUGACCGACGCUUUGAAGAGAAAGCAUCAAUGCGCAACUAUACAGCUGGACUUUCAACUACCCGAAAGAUUUGAUUUGACUUAUGAAAGCGGUCAUAUCAACCCCUGUGAUCCAACUCACAAUACAUCUAAUCUAGUCAGGCCGGUGAUCAUACAUAGAGCUAUCUUAGGGUCUCUGGAAAGAAUGAUUGCCAUAUUGACCGAGAAUUAUGCUGGAAAAUGGCCGUUUUGGUUAUCUCCAAACCAAAUAGCCGUGUUACCAGUAGGGGUAAAUUUUGAUUCAUAUGCCUUGGAAGUCACGAAAACGCUCAAACAACAAGGAUUUAUAGCGAAUGCGGAAUCCGAUUCUAGCGAAACGCUAAACAAAAAGAUUAGGAAUGCCCAACUUGAGCUAUAUAAUUUUAUUUUAGUCGUAGGUGAAAAAGAAUUGUCAAACAAAACUAUAAACGUUCGCACAAGAGAUAACAAAAUACUGGGUGAAAUGACUAUGGAAACCUUUAUACAAGGGAUACACAAGCUGGUGGCUACAAAAAGUUCUGAAAAUGAAAUAUCUCCAUAAUAUCGAGGUAUUUCAAUACCUCAAAUUUAAAAUUUUAGCAAAUAUUCACAAAUACGCUUAACCGAAGGCUGUAAUACAAUUGAUCACUGUACUUUCAUAUAUAAUCUUCAUCGAUGGUCAAUAUUGGGGAAAACAAUUCAACAUUUUUGUUGGCCUUUUAAUUUUUUUUAAAAAUCAUGAUAUAUCGAAUUGUCACACUGCAAACACCUAUACAGGAAUCUAUAAUGUUAUUAAAUAUUUUUUAUAUAAAUUCACUAGAUUCCUAAUCGAUUUAUACUUAUCCACUAUAAGUUUUUAAACAACUCUUUUAUCAAGCCAGGGCAUUUGCGUUUUGUU